CCGACGGAACCAAAGGGGGUUGUGCCAUCCUCUUCCACCGCAACCUUGAGUUCGAAAUGUUGGACCAGGACUCAUAUAUUUGGAGUCAUUGGGCCUGGUGCAGGGUCCAACUGGGAGUCCAAGAGUGGGUCCUGAUGACAAUCUAUGCUCCAUCAGACCCAAGAGAACGACGAUCUUUUCUCGAGGAACUCCCAGCUGUUGUUCCUGUAGCAGACAACCUCAUUCUCGUCGGCGACUUCAACACGGUGCUGACACCGGGCCUCGACUCCCAAGAGGUGGCACCCAGGAAGACUGAUGCCACCUUGCUCGCCAACUUCAUGGCAGUUCGCAGCUUGGUGGACACAUUCAGGACCAUGCAUCUGGGCGAGCCAGGCUACACCUGGUUCUCCUCUCAUACCACCGCAGACCACCAGUCACCAAAACGAAGGCUGGACUUGAUUCUAGCAGCAGGAGCAGCCUGGGACGCACUCACUGAGGUGGAGCAAGUGAUUGAGUCUAUGUCAGACUAUCGACCCGUGACUGCCAGUUUUAGACUGGCCGACCAGCUGCUGAGGGGACCAGGCACAUAUCGGUUGAAUACGGAGAUGCUCAAAGAUCCCAACAUACUGCAAUGGGUGGAGGAACACUGGAACAGUUGGCGAGGUGCUGGCUGGUCGGAGGUGGCGGGGCACUGGCUUCUCACAGGUUGCAAGGCGCUGGCUUCUCGCGAGUGGCGAGGCACUGGUUGUGUGAGUGCAGCGAGGCGCUGGCUGCUGGCGGGGGGCGAGGCGCUGGCAACAGUGAGUGGUGGGGCGCUGGUGACUUGCGACUGGCGAGGUGUUGGCUUGUGGUGACUAGUAACAUGCUAGCUGACACGUG